AUGGCCAUGGACCACGGACGAGACCCUUGCCCCUGGGUCAUUCUCAACGAUUUCGGCGGUGCCUUUUCCAUGGGUGCCGUCGGCGGCACCAUCUGGCACGGCAUCAAGGGCUUCCGCAACAGCCCGUACGGCGAGCGGCGGAUCGGCGCGCUCACGGCCAUCAAGAUGCGCGCGCCCGUCCUGGGUGGCAACUUUGGCGUCUGGGGCGGCCUCUUCAGCACGUUCGACUGCGCCGUCAAGGGCUACCGCCAAAAGGAGGACCCCUGGAACGCCAUCACUGCCGGCUUCCUGACUGGCGGCUCGCUUGCUAUGCGUGGCGGCUUUAAGUCGGCGCGCAACGGCGCCAUCGGCUGCGCGGUCCUGCUGGCCGUCAUCGAAGGCGUCGGCAUCGCCUUUGGCAAGAUGAUGGCCGGCAACACGAAGCUAGAGGCUCCUCUUCCUCCUCCUGAAAACGCUGCGAUUGCGUAA